GGGCGGGCGGGUAGGUUACCAGGCAGCAGGAGCCGUGGGGCUUAGGGUUUUGGGGCGUGUGUGUUGGGAGGGGGAAGUGGCUGAAGGGACGCGGCGCUCGGUAAGCGCGCCGGGGACGAGAGGCGAGCUGAGAGUGGAGGAGGAGGAGGCGGCGGCGGCGGCGGGAGCGCUCCCCAGGAAUGUCGCUGCCGCUGCCACCGCCGGGGCCGCUGCCGCUGAGGAGGAGACGGAGGAGACCGACGUUGUUAGGAAGAUGAUUCAUAUAAUCUUGAAGAUCUGUCUGCGCAGAAAUGAGGGAUAUACAAAGAACCAAACACAGCUCUGAAAUUUGGGAUCUGUAUUUUAAGAUGAUUCUAUUUUCAGAAUGAGGAGUGUAUGUGGUUACCUUUAUGAAUGUAGAGACAUGAGAAGAGAGUUAUGAUGGCAAAAAACAAAGAGCCUCGUCCCCCAUCCUAUACUAUCAGUGUAGUUGGACUCUCUGGGACUGAAAAGGACAAAGGUAACUGUGGAGUUGGAAAGUCUUGUUUGUGCAAUAGAUUUGUACGCUCAAAAGCAGAUGAAUAUUAUCCAGAACAUACUUCUGUGCUUAGCACCAUUGACUUUGGAGGACGAGUAGUAAACAAUGAUCACUUUUUAUACUGGGGUGACAUAACACAAAAUGGUGAAGAUGGAGUAGAAUGCAAAAUUCAUGUCAUUGAACAAACAGAGUUCAUUGAUGACCAGACUUUCUUGCCACAUCGGAGUACGAAUUUGCAACCAUAUAUAAAACGUGCAGCUGCCUCUAAGUUGCAGUCAGCAGAAAAGCUAAUGUACAUUUGCACUGAUCAGCUAGGUUUAGAGCAAGACUUUGAGCAGAAGCAAAUGCCUGAGGGAAAGCUGAAUGUAGAUGGAUUUUUAUUGUGCAUUGAUGUAAGUCAGGGAUGCAAUAGGAAAUUUGAUGAUCAACUUAAAUUUGUGAAUAACCUUUUUGUUCAGCUAUCAAAAUCAAAAAAACCUGUAAUAAUAGCAGCAACUAAAUGUGAUGAAUGUGUGGAUCAUUAUCUUAGAGAAGUUCAGGCAUUUGCUUCAAACAAAAAGAACCUUCUUGUAGUGGAAACAUCAGCACGAUUUAAUGUCAACAUUGAGACAUGUUUCAUUGCGCUGGUACAAAUGUUGGAUAAAACUCGUGGCAAGCCUAAAAUUAUUCCCUAUCUGGAUGCGUAUAAAACACAGAGACAACUUGUUGUCACAGCAACAGAUAAGUUUGAAAAACUUGUGCAGACUGUGAGAGAUUAUCAUGCAACAUGGAAAACUGUUAGUAAUAAAUUAAAAAACCAUCCUGAUUAUGAAGAAUACAUCAAUUUAGAGGGAACAAGAAAAGCCAGAAAUACAUUCUCAAAACAUAUAGAACAACUUAAACAGGAACAUAUAAGAAAAAGAAGAGAGGAAUAUAUAAGUACCCUGCCAAGAGCUUUUAACACUCUUUUGCCAAAUCUAGAAGAAAUUGAACAUUUGAAUUGGUCAGAAGCUUUGAAGUUAAUGGAGAAGAGAACAGAUUUCCAGUUAUGUUUUGUGGUGCUAGAAAAAACACCUUGGGAUGAAACUGACCAUAUAGACAAAGUUAAUGAUAGACGGAUCCCAUUUGACCUCCUGAGCACUUUAGAAGCUGAAAAAGUCUAUCAGAACCAUGUACAGCAUCUAAUAUCAGAGAAAAGGAGAGUAGAAAUGAAGGAAAAAUUCAAAAAGACUUUGGAAAAGAUUCAGUUCAUUUCACCUGGGCAGCCAUGGGAGGAAGUUAUGUGCUUUGUUAUGGAAGAUGAAUCCUUCAAAUAUAUCACUGAGGCAGAUAGUAAAGAGGUAUAUAGUAGGCAUCAGCGAGAGAUAGUUGAAAAAGCCAAAGAAGAGUUUCAGGAAAUGCUUUUUGAGCAUUCUGAACUUUUUUAUGAUUUAGAUCUUAAUGCAACACCAAGUUCAGAUAAAAUGAGUGAGAUUCAUACAGUUCUAAGUGAAGAACCUAGAUACAAAGCUUUACAGAAACUUGCACCUGAUAGGGAAUCUCUUCUGCUUAAACACAUAGGAUUUGUUUAUCAUCCCACUAAGGAAACAUGCCUUAGUGGCCAAAAUUGUACAGACAUUAAAGUGGAGCAAUUGCUUGCUAGUAGUCUUUUGCAGUUGGAUCAUGGUCGCUUACGAUUAUACCAUGAUAGUACCAAUAUAGAUAAAGUUAACCUCUUCAUUUUAGGGAAAGAUGGCCUUGCCCAAGAACUAGCAAAUGAGAUAAGGACACAGUCCACUGAUGAUGAAUAUGCCUUAGAUGGAAAAAUUUACGAACUUGAUCUUCGACCUGUUGAUGCCAAAUCGCCUUACAUUUUGAGUCAGUUAUGGACUGCUGCCUUUAAGCCUCAUGGGUGCUUCUGUGUAUUCAAUUCCAUUGAGUCAUUGAGUUUUAUUGGAGAAUUUAUUGGAAAAAUAAGAACCGAAGCUUCUCAAAUCAGAAAAGAUAAAUAUAUGGCUAAUCUUCCUUUUACAUUAAUUCUGGCUAACCAGAGAGAUUCCAUUAGUAAGAAUUUACCAAUUCUCAGGCACCAAGGUCAGCAGUUGGCAAACAAGUUACAGUGUCCUUUUGUAGAUGUACCUGCUGGUACAUAUCCUCGUAAAUUUAAUGAAACCCAAAUAAAGCAAGCUCUAAGAGGAGUAUUGGAAUCAGUUAAACACAAUUUAGAUGUUGUGAGCCCAGUUCCCACCAAUAAGGAUGUAUCGGAAGCAGACUUAAGAAUUGUCAUGUGUGCCAUGUGCGGUGAUCCAUUUAGUGUGGAUCUUAUUCUUUCACCCUUCCUUGAUUCUCAUUCUUGCAGUGCUGCCCAAGCUGGACAGAAUAAUUCCCUGAUGCUUGAUAAAAUUAUUGGUGAAAAAAGGAGGCGAAUACAGAUCACAAUAUUAUCAUAUCACUCCUCAAUUGGAGUAAGGAAGGAUGAACUGGUUCAUGGGUAUAUAUUAGUUUACUCUGCUAAACGGAAAGCAUCAAUGGGAAUGCUUCGAGCAUUUCUAUCAGAAGUUCAAGACACCAUUCCUGUACAACUGGUGGCAGUUACCGACAGUCAAGCAGAUUUUUUUGAAAAUGAGGCUAUCAAGGAAUUAAUGACUGAAGGAGAACACAUUGCAACUGAGAUCACUGCUAAAUUUACAGCAUUGUAUUCUUUAUCUCAAUAUCAUCGGCAAACUGAGGUCUUUACUCUGUUUUUCAGUGAUGUUCUUGAGAAAAAAAAUAUGAUAGAAAAUUCCUAUCUGUCUGAUAGUACAAGGGAGUCAACCCACCAAAGUGAAGAUGUUUUCCUACCAUCUCCCAGAGAUUGUUUUCCCUAUAACAGUUAUCCCGAUUCAGAUGAUGAUACAGAAGCACCACCUCCUUAUAGUCCAAUUGGUGAUGAUGUACAGUUGCUUCCAACACCCAGUGACCGUUCCAGAUACAGAUUAGAUUUGGAAGGAAAUGAAUAUCCUGUUCAUAGUACCCCAAACUGUCACGAUCAUGAACGCAACCAUAAAGUGCCUCCACCUAUUAAACCUAAACCAGUUGUACCUAAGACGAAUGUGAAAAAACUGGAUCCAAACCUUUUAAAAACAAUUGAAGCUGGUAUUGGUAAAAAUCCAAGAAAACAGACUUCUCGGGUACCUUUGGCACAUCCUGAAGAUGUGGAUUCUUCAGAUAACUAUGCGGAACCCAUUGACACAAUUUUCAAACAGAAGGGCUAUUCUGAUGAGAUUUAUGUUGUUCCAGAUGAUAGUCAAACUCGGGUUAUUAAAAUUCGAAACUCAUUUGUAAAUAAUACCCAAGGAGAUGAGGAAAAUGGAUUUUCUGAUAGACCCUCAAAAAGUCAUGGGGAACGGAGGCCUUCAAAAUACAAAUAUAAAUCUAAAACCUUGUUUAGUAAAGCCAAGUCAUACUAUAGAAGAACACACUCAGAUGCAAGUGAUGAUGAAGCUUUCACUACUUCUAAAACAAAAAGAAAAGGAAGACAUCGUGGUAGUGAAGAAGAUCCACUUCUUUCUCCUGUUGAAACUUGGAAAGGUGGCAUUGAUAAUCCUGCAAUCACUUCUGACCAGGAGGUAGAUGAUAAGAAGAUGAAGAAGAAAACUCACAAAGUAAAAGAAGAUAAAAAGCAGAAAAAGAAAACUAAAAACUUCAAUCCACCAACACGUAGAAAUUGGGAAAGUAAUUACUUUGGGAUGCCCCUCCAGGAUCUGGUUACAGCUGAGAAGCCCAUACCACUGUUUGUUGAAAAGUGUGUGGAAUUUAUUGAAGAUACAGGAUUAUGUACAGAAGGACUCUACCGUGUUAGUGGAAACAAAACUGACCAAGAUAACAUUCAAAAGCAAUUUGAUCAAGAUCAUAAUAUCAAUCUGGUAUCAAUGGAAGUAACAGUAAAUGCUGUAGCUGGAGCUCUUAAAGCUUUCUUUGCAGAUCUGCCAGAUCCUUUAAUCCCAUAUUCUCUUCAUCCAGAGCUAUUGGAAGCAGCAAAAAUCAUGGAUAAAACAGAACGUCUUCAUGCCUUGAAAGAAAUUGUCAAGAAAUUUCAUCCUGUAAACUAUGAUGUAUUCAGAUAUGUGAUAACACAUCUAAGCAGGGUUAGUCAGCAAAAUAAAAUCAACCUAAUGACAGCAGAUAACUUAUCCAUCUGUUUUUGGCCAACUUUGAUGAGACCUGAUUUUGAAAAUCGAGAGUUUCUGUCUACCACUAAGAUCCAUCAAUCUGUCGUUGAAACAUUCAUUCAACAGUGUCAGUUUUUCUUUUACAAUGGAGAAAUUGUAGAAACUGCAAACACUGUGGCUCCUCCUCCACCUUCAAACCCCGGACAGUUGGUAGAAUCAAUGGUACCGCUUCAGUUACCACCACCAUUGCAACCUCAACUGAUACAACCACAAUUACAGACGGAUCCUCUUGGUAUCAUAUAAGUGAUUGCCCACAGCCUAAAAUUGGACAAAAAAGUAAACCUAGAUGUGCAUGUUUCAGGGUUCCGUAGUAUACUUCAUGUUUCAUAAAGAUAAUUCAUAUUCAAAUGAGACACUUUCUCUUUGAACUAUAUAGUAUUCCUUAUUCACUUACAUUACAAAUCUAAGAACAUGUGGUAAGCAUGACUGGAGAGGUUUAAUUUUUAUAAACAAAAAUAGCUAUAAAAUGCAAAGCUGCUGCUGCAUGCAACCUUAUUGCAAUCAGUAUAUCAUUCCUGUGGCAAUUUCUGUCACAUUAUAUUGUGAAUAAAAUUUUUCUAUAGAAAUUAAAUGAUUUAAAAACUCAUAUGAAACAAUGCUUCUCAGCCUGCUUUAUGGCUGGUUUUGUUAUUUGAUGUGCUAAUUUGGGUAACUUAAUUUACAUUCUAGUCUGUGUUGAUAACUAAAAGCCCACUUAAGUACAUGAUGUGAUUGAAAAAGAUGGUUGAUAAUAUGGUUAAUGUUUGAAAUUUUUAAAGAAUUUAUUACAGUAAAUGACACAUUGCCAUAAAUUCCCCUCAUAAUAUUUCCCUCCACUUCAAACACAUCCCAUCAUUCUUGCCAUUUUCUGAAGCAGUCUGAAAGUUUUUUCAUGAAUGUGUUUAGUUGGACUGUUGUAACUGCUCUAAUGUCCUGAAUUGAUUCAAAAAAUUUGCCAUCCAUGGUCAUUUUGGCUUUGGGAAAAAGUCAGAAGUCAUACCAGCUGGUGAAUAAGAGUGGAUAAAGACACACAGUAAUGUUUUUAAGUGAGCCUGCUUUUCAUGGAAUGGCAUUCCAUUCAUUCACUGUGUAUCUGAUCAUACUUCUUAAGAGAGAGAACUUCAGAAAGUGACAACAGCAAUAGGAUAAAUGUGUUCAAAGCAAGGGGAAGUAUUUUGAAAGGGAUUAACAAUGGCAAAUGCAUCUUUCACUGUAAAGAAAUUUUAUUUUAAACUUAAACAUUCACUGUAUAUUUUGAUCACACCUCGUAUUUUGUAAUUUCAGACUACUUAUGCCAUGCUUGGGAUUUUGUUUGAAAGAAAAAAAUACACUUAUUUUACAUUUCUGCACCUUCAUCUUCACUUCUAAAUAAAUCUGUGAAUGAUUUGAUAAAGAAUAAAUAAACCUAUUUCUUUUCUACACAUACCCAGGGACAUGCUUGUGGCUAAAGUGAGUUGAUAAUGUGCGAAGGAUAGUUGUCAACAACUCAUUUCCUUAUGGUCCAUAUUGAAAUAUUUUGUAUACGAUUAAUUCUGUAAACAGAUGCAUGUUCAAAAGAUCUAUGAUGGUCUUGUAAUCUUAAUCUAAUAUAUUUUAGAUAUCUUAAUUUUUUUCCCUCUUGGGGAAUACAUUUAGUAUAGUGUAGAAAAGUACUACAUGACAUUUUCAUAUAAGGUUAUAUAACUUUUCAUACAUAAACAUGAAAUUUGUUGUAGAAAAUUCUUUAAACCAAACAUUUUAAUCUAGGACUUCAGUUUAAUCUGUUCCUUGAAUCUAUUUUUAUGUGGCCCUUAAAAACAUAUCCAAAAAAUCCAUUGCUAAUAUAGCAAUAAAAAUACUUUGGGUACUGACAGACUCCUUGGAGUAUGUAUAUAUAAAAUUAUAAACUUGUAUUCAUAUUCAUAUUCUUUUCUGUGAUGUACUAAAAUCCCAAAUGGCUUUUGCACCAUUUUUAAACCUAUUUUUUCCUUUGAUGUUGGUAUCAGAGUUGCUACAAAUGACUGCUGCUUUUGGGGUUAAAUAUUUUGUUACUGAAGUUACAACCAGAACACUAGAUUAUGGCUAAAAUUUUCAGAAUAAGUGGCACAGGUAAAUUUUGUUAGGCUUUAUUCAAAAUUCUCUCAUCAAAUUAUGCCAUUUUUUUUCCAGGAAGAAAAAUGGUUUGCUUUCCGUUGGUAGGUCAUAUAAUUUGUAUAGUGAAGAAAUUCUUUCAUCAAUGUUGUAAUCUUCAUUCGUUCUGCAGUUUUAAAUUUAUCAUAUAUGUAUUAUAGUAAAUAGAUGGUUUUGAGAUUCAAGGCUUCUAAGAGUUUGAUUUGCUCCAUUUUUCCCUUUAAUUCUUUCCUACUAUUAUGUCCUAGGUAUUGUACUUCCAAUUUUAACUUCAGAAUCAAGAUGUCAACAUGAACCAGGCUGCUGUUGAAGUACAUGUAUAUUAUAAAUUAUCUUAUUUGUGUUAUACUGUUUCAUGUUAUUAUCUUUUCUAAGAAAACAAAGUCCCUAUUAUUCCUAUUGCAAAGCACACAGGAAUUAAGAAAGUACAGUAAUUUUUAAAAAAAUUAUCCGGUAAAUGUAGUAUUCUUAACUUGUUCUAUAUUACUUAUACCUGUUGUCUAUAGAGCUUUAAUUUAUAGCUGUCAGUUUAACAUUGGCAUGUCUGGCAAAGAAAAUUAAACUUUAAGAGUUUUAUAAACUGUUUCUAGGUUGCUAAAGAAUUUAUUUUUCUACUAUAUAUGGUAUAGACAAAGCAUCAAAACUAUGUACAGGGAAAAGCCUGACUAUUUCUAUUGGAAGUAGGCUGAAAAGAGAAUUUUCGGAACUGUUCGUGUCUUUGGUUCAUUCUGUCAUAACUUUGCUAUUGUGAUAUGUGAAUCCUGGUUUAUUUAAGCUAUUCAUUUUUAUACUGUGUUAAUUUAACGUUCAUCUACAUUUAGUGCCAUUUUUGUUAUUGAAAUUAGCAUUUACCAUUUUCCACAUUAAUUACCCUUACACCUUUCCCAAAACUUACCUCCACUUUUCUAUGCAUUCUAUCAUUGAUUUGACACACUUCAUAGUGAGUCAUUUAAAUAUUCUACAUUUGGUUCAAUCAACCAGUAGAUUACAGUUUUUGAAAAUUAAAGUAGUUUAAAGCUCAGUCUGUUACACUGAAUUGAUUGUGCUUGUUUUUGCCAAGAGUUUAAAUGUGUUAUUAAAUAUUAGAAAAACAAUUCUAAGAAGAACACAAUAACAGUUAAAAUUUUUUGUGGUAAGUUACUGAAAGUUUUCACUGUUUAGGGACAUACAUGAGCCUUCUUAAAGGAUUUAAAAGAAUAGUAGAUUGUCUUAUAAUUGUGGGUAAACAUUAAGGCAUUAUAUUUUACAAUAUAAAUAAAAUUCCAUCUAUACACAUUGCCAUAUUUCACUUAAAGUCCAGUGCUUAGAGUUAUUACAGUAUUGGACUUACCAGUAUCUAGAUUAGCAAUAUAAAGAAGCAUAGUGGUAUUCUAUUUCAGACUUUCAAUAGAUUUUUUUUAGAAAUCAGAUUGUAUUCAACAAAUACUUACUAGGUAAUACACAAAUAAUUUCAGAACAAAAUUCCAGACACAAUAUAUCUCUCGUUGAAGUGGUAUUUUGAGUAGCCUUUUCCCCCUUAACAUUUACAGUGUAAAUACUGUAGGUAACAGCAAUCUUAACUUAGCCAAAAAGCAGCUUUUAUUUUCCAUUCUAUAUGUAAAUAAUAUAGAUCGCUGUUUUCUUUUUUUUUCUUUUUUGGAUUUUGUUUUGUUUGUUUUUGAGGUACUGGAAUCUAAUUUCUAAUAUCUUAAAAGGGAAUAAUUGGAAUAAAAACUUAGGCCUUAGCUUCCAUGGUGAUUUUUAGUUUUUUAUACAGUAAUAAUUGUGAUGCUAUUUGUCAACUGGAUAUAAAUAUAUAUAUAUAAUUCUAAAAAGUCAAAAGUGGUUUGUUUCUUUGUUUAUAAUUAAUGUAAUUUUGUGCUUCACCCAAAGGAUGCUGCAGUAAAUUAAGUAUCAGUGAAGCUUCUGAUGUACAAAGAGUGCUAUGAAUAAAACAUGAAGAAGCUGUGUAAUUUUAA